UCACUUAAGAAGAGUACGAAAGGAAGGAAGCAAAAUGAAGAUAUGGAGAAGGAGGCUGAAGCAAGCAGAGCAGAACUUGAGUUACUACUCACUGAUGACAAAGGAACUGAUACUGGUCCUAAGGGAUACAAUCUGAAGGCUAAAAAGACCAAGGGGAAAACGCAAAAAGAAGUUUUAGAUGAGAAAAAGAUACCAGUUGUCGAUGAUGAUCCACGAUUUUCUGCUUUCUUUACUUCACCUCUCUAUGCUUUGGAUCCCACCGACCCACAGUUCAAAAGGAGUGCAACCUAUGCUCGACAAAUAUCCAAAAAGCGGCAGAAGGGAGAGCAGGAAGAAAUGGUUGGAGAGGACACUAAGAUACCCACUGAUGCUCCUGGGAUGAACGAAGCUGAGCGUGAGAAGUGCGAUAUUUUACCAUCAAAGGAGAAGCAUAACCUGUGUUCGAUGGUGAGAUCGGUUAAGAUGAAGUUAAAACAAGUUCAACUGCCCUCGGGUGGUAAAAAGAAGCAGCAUCAGGUUCAUUCAAAGAAGGCAAAGAAUAAAUGAAAC